CUCUGUUUGUAUGUGUGUGAAAAAUGGCGGAGGUCGUAAGCUCAAUCAGUUGUUCAAUCUGUUUAGAUCUCUUCCAGGAUCCAGUGACUAUUCCCUGUGGACACAGCUACUGUAUGGGCUGUAUUAAGGCCUGCUUGGAUCAGGAAGAUGACAAGGGUAUCUACAGCUGCCCCCAGUGCAGACAGACCUUCAUACCAAGACCUGUUCUAAAUAGGAACACCAUGUUUUCUGAAUUGGUGGAGAAUCUGAAGAAGACAAAACUCCAAGCUGCUCCUCCUGAUCAUUAUUAUGCUGGACCUGGAGAUGUGGAGUGUGAUUCCUGCACUGGGCGAAAACUCAAAGGUGUCAAGUCCUGUCUGGUGUGUCUGGCCUCUUACUGUGAGACUCACCUCCAGCCUCACUAUGAAUCUCCUGCCUUUAAAAAGCACAAGUUGGUCCAAGCCUCCAAACAACUACGGGAGAAGAUCUGUUCUCAUCAUGACAAAUUAUUGGAGAUUUACUGUCGUACUGAUCAGCAGUGCAUCUGUUAUCUUUGUACAAUGGAUGAACAUAAAGGACAUGAUACAGUCUCAGCUGCAGCAGAAAGGACUGCGAAACAAAGACAGUUUGGGGAGAAAUAUUUGGAAUCCCAGAAGAGAAUUGGGGAGAGAGAGAAGAAGAUUCAGGAGUUGAGACAGACUCUGGAAACUCUGAAGCACUCUGCACAGGCAGCAGUGGAGGACAGUGAGAGGAUCUUUACUGAGCUGAUCUGCUACAUUGAGAAAAGACGCUCUGAGUUGAAGGAGCUAAUCAAAGCUCAGGAGAAGACUGAAGUGAGUCGGGCUGAAAGACUCUUGAAAAAACUGGAACAGGAGGUUGCUGAGCUGAGGAGGAGAGAUUUUAAAUUGAAGCAGCUCUCACACACAGAUGAUCACAUCCAUUUCCUCCAGAGUUUCCAGUCUCUCUGUGUCUCUCCUGGAUCUGAGGUCUUACCCAGUAUCACUGUCUAUCCACGCAUCUCCUUUGAGCAUGUAAAGAAAUCAGUCUCUGAACUGAAAGAUCAACUACAGGAUGUAUGCAAAAAGGAAGUGGACAGGAUAUCUGGGGAAGGUUUUCCGGUGACUGGCGUUUUUGUUCGGUGACGGAUGCGUGGCCUGCCGGGCAGAUGGACGUGGUAACGUAUGGUAGUUGUAGAAGGCGUCAUAUAGAGUUGUUUGGAAGGCGUAGGCUACGGUGUGUAGAAAGUGGUGUCUGAUGGAAGCUUUGGGGAAGUUUGUGUGGGGUUUAUUUGUCUCUGUGUUGUAGUCCUCUUGCUCAUGUUGGAUGGAUCGUCCCUCUGCCCGCCCCCACCCUCCCGCGGAGUUCCUCCAGACCGAUCGCUGGUACUCCUUGGAGGUUUGCGUGGUCCCAUUCUGCCCGGUGACGCUGCAUCGUUGGAGAGCAUUUCCCUACAAUCGUAGCCAAGAUGGCCCCCGAACGGUUUUCGCUCUAUGGACCUUUUCGUUGUGAACGUGCUGAUUGAGGCCGUUUUUUGCUCCACUUUGGAAGUGUUGAGCGUGCCUACGCGGGUCAAGGAAUGGUCCAAAAGUGGGGAGUAGUACACACUGAAUCCGUAGUCUCCUGUGUUUGCAGCGACUGAGAACAAGGAAGACUACAGACUCUGGGUUGAGGAAGAGACUAUGCUAACUGCUACGUUAAAAUUUAUGAAGCUACCACUAGACAUUCGACUGGACAUUGAAUUCGGGAAGAUACCAGUGGGAAUCAAGACAACGGCUGUAUUGAUGUAUUGUUCCCACAAGAAUAGAGACAGUUUUGGCUGCCUUUUUGGCCUCGCUGCGGGCGAUCCAACAGGAACACACAGGAACGCUAACCCGCCUGAGGGAGGAGCAUCGACCGGUGAGAUUAUUCCUUAAUACAGCUUUCAUAUGCUUCAGUAAUCUAUGUGGUUGGUUUUUGUAUGUCAGAUUUGAUGAUUUUGUGGAAGUUGAUAGAUGGAUUUGAGAAAGUAUGGUAACUAGAAGUAAUUUUUUAGGGUAUUUUAGUUAUAGCGCCUUUAGAUAGAAAUGUUUUGUUUUGUUCCAUGUCCUGACGCCCAUUCCAAUGCAGCUGACCUAUUGCUGGGUGAUUUGUGCAGGAUUUUGAGCAGCUCUCUGUUGGUGGAAUUGUUUUCUGUGCAACUGUCUCUGCGAAAUGGUUGUCUUGAUUGUUUUUC